AUAUAUGUGUCUGUGUGUGUCCCCCUCCCCUCAGCUGAGGCAGGAUGUAGUGGCGUGCAUGCGCCGGGACACCACCCUGGAAACGGCCCUCAAUUCCAAGGCGUACCGCCGCAGCAAGCGACAGACACUGCGGGAGGCACGCAUGACCGAGAAGCUGGAGAAGCAGCAGAAGUUGGAGCAAGAGAAGAAGCGUCGGCAGAAGCACCAGGAGUACCUCAACAGUAUUCUCCAGCAUGCCAAAGACUUCAAGGAGUACCACCGCUCCAUGUCUGGGAAAAUGCAGAAGCUCACCCGAGCCAUUGCCACCUGGCACACCAACACGGAGCGGGAGCAGAAGAAAGAGACUGAGAGGAUUGAGAAGGAGAGAAUGAGGAGACUUAUGGCGGAGGAUGAGGAGGGCUAUCGAAAACUGAUCGACCAGAAGAAGGACAAGCGCUUGGCUUACCUGCUGCAGCAGACGGACGAGUACGUGGCCAACCUCACCACCUUGGUGUACGAGCACAAAGCCGCGCAGGCGGCAAAGGAGAAGAAGCGACGCAAGAAGAAGAAGAAGGCAAGAGUUGACGGAGAGGCCGGCGAAGGCACCAGCGCCAUCGGACCUGAUGGAGAGCCAAUGGACGAGAGCAGCCAGAUGAGCGAGCUGCCCGUCAAGGUCAUCCAGACGGAGACGGGCAAAGUUUUGCAGGGUACUGAGGCGCCCAAAUCCAGCCAGCUGGAGGCCUGGCUCGAGAUGAACCCCGGGUACGAGGUUGCGCCGAGGUCAGACAGCGAGGAGAGCGGCUCCGAGUUUGAGGAGGAGGAGGAGGAAGAGGCGGCCAAGGGUGAAAAUGACAAGACCAUAGAAGAUCCCGCUGGAGAGGCCAAGCACAUUAUCGAGUCAGCCAAGCAGGACGUGGACGACGAGUACAGCGUGCCCACUGACGAGACCAGCCUGCAGUCCUACUACGGCGUGGCCCACGCCGUCAUCGAGAGGGUGGAGAAGCAGUCGUCUCUUCUGAUUAACGGCUCGUUGAAACACUACCAGAUUCAAGGCCUGGAGUGGAUGGUGUCGCUGUACAACAACAACUUAAACGGCAUCUUGGCUGACGAGAUGGGCCUGGGCAAGACCAUCCAAACCAUCGCCCUCAUCACGUACCUGAUGGAGCACAAGAGGCUCAACGGGCCCUAUCUCAUCAUCGUGCCGCUCUCGACCUUAUCCAACUGGAUCUACGAGCUUGACAAGUGGGCCCCGUCUGUGGUCAAAAUUGCAUACAAGGGUACCCCCGGCCUGCGCCGAGGACUGGUGCCGCAGCUCCGCAGCGGCAAGUUCAACGUUCUGCUGACCACAUACGAGUACAUCAUCAAGGACAAGCACAUACUGGCCAAGAUCCGUUGGAAGUACAUGAUCGUGGACGAAGGCCACCGCAUGAAGAACCACCACUGCAAGCUGACGCAGGUGCUGAACACGCACUACGUGGCGCCACGCCGCCUGCUGCUCACCGGCACGCCGCUGCAGAACAAGCUGCCCGAGCUCUGGGCGCUGCUUAACUUCCUGCUGCCCACCAUCUUCAAGAGCUGCAGCACCUUCGAGCAGUGGUUCAACGCGCCCUUCGCCAUGACGGGCGAGAGGGUGGACCUCAACGAGGAGGAGACCAUCUUGAUUAUUCGACGUCUGCACAAGGUUCUCCGCCCCUUUCUGCUGCGCCGCCUGAAGAAGGAGGUGGAGUCUCAGCUGCCCGAGAAGGUGGAGUAUGUUAUCAAAUGCGACAUGUCCGCCAUACAGAAGGUCUUGUACCGCCACAUGCAAAAGGGAAUCCUCCUCACCGAUGGCUCGGAGAAAGACAAAAAGGGCAAAGGGGGAGCGAAGACCCUGAUGAACACGAUCAUGCAGCUGAAGAAGAUCUGCAACCACCCGUACAUGUUCCAGCAUAUCGAGGAGUCAUUUGCCGAGCAUUUGGGCUACCCCAACGGCAUCAUCAGCGGGCCCGACCUGUACCGAGCCUCCGGGAAGUUUGAGCUCCUGGAUCGCAUCCUGCCCAAGCUGCAGGCCACCAACCACCGGGUGCUGCUCUUCUGCCAGAUGCCCUCGCUCAUGACCAUCAUGGAGGACUACUUCGGCUACCGCAACUUUCAAUAUCUGCGCCUGGACGGAACCACCAAGUCAGAUGACCGAGCGUUGCUGCUGAAGAAAUUCAACGAGGCGGGAUCGCAGUACUUCAUCUUCCUGCUCAGCACCCGGGCCGGCGGCCUCGGACUCAAUCUGCAAGCCGCCGACACCGUCGUUAUCUUUGACAGCGACUGGAACCCCCAUCAGGACCUGCAGGCGCAGGACCGCGCCCACCGCAUCGGGCAGCAGAACGAGGUGCGCGUGCUGCGCCUGUGCACCGUCAACAGCGUGGAGGAGAAGAUCCUGGCGGCCGCCAAGUACAAGCUCAACGUGGACCAGAAGGUGAUCCAGGCCGGCAUGUUCGACCAGAAGUCCUCCAGCCACGAGCGCCGCGCCUUUCUGCAGGCCAUCCUCGAGCACGAGGAGCAGAACGAGGAAGAAAAUGAGGUACCGGAUGACGAAACCCUCAACCAGAUGAUCGCCCGCAAUGAGGACGAGUUUGAGCUGUACAUGCGCUUUGACAUGGACCGGCGGCGGGAGGACGCCCGCAACCCGAAACGUAAGCCGCGCCUGAUGGAGGAGGACGAGCUGCCCUCCUGGAUCAUCAAGGACGACGCCGAGGUGGAGCGCCUCACCUACGAGGAGGAGGAGGAGAAGAUGUUUGGCCGAGGGUCCCGCUGUCGCCGCGACGUGGACUACAGCGACGCGCUGACCGAGAAGCAGUGGCUGCGGGCCAUCGAGGACGGCAACCUGGAGGAGAUGGAGGAGGAGAUCCGACUGAAGAAGCGCAAACGCAAGCGGCGGCAGGACAAGGAGCCGUCGGCCAGGGAGGACUGGGGCGCCAAGGCCAAGAAGAGGCGAGGGCGCCCGCCCGCCGAGAAGCUCUCGCCCAACCCGCCCAAACUCACCAAGCAGAUGAACACCAUCAUCGACACCGUCAUCAACUACAGAGACGGGGCCGGCAGACAGCUCAGCGAGGUCUUUGUCCAGCUGCCGUCCAGAAAGGAGCUUCCGGAAUAUUACGAGCUGAUCCGAAAGCCCGUGGACUUCAAGAAGAUCAAGGAGCGCGUCAGGAGCCACAAGUACCGCAGCGUCGGUGACCUGGAGAAGGACGUCAUGCUGCUCUGUCACAACGCGCAGACCUUCAACCUGGAGGGAUCUCAGAUCUACGAGGACUCCAUCGUGCUCCAGUCGGUGUUCAAGAGCGCCAGGCAGAAGAUCGCCAAGGACGAGGAGAGCGAGGACGACAGCGAGGACGACGACGAAGAGGAGGACGAGGAGGAAGACUCGGAGGCUGAGGCCAAGCCGGUGUGGGUGAAGAUCAAGCUGAGCAAGGAGGGCCGCGGGAGCGCCGAGCGGGGCAAGAAGAGGCAGGCCCGAGCCAAGGCCAAGCCCGUCGUCAGUGACGACGAAAGCGACGACGACCAGGACGCCAAUGAACCGUCUGACAUCAGCGAUGACGAGUGAGUCAGAGCUGACGCCGGGAUGAGAAGAAGAAGAAGAAGAAGAAGCUCCCCUCCUCUUGUUGUGCAGGUUCUUUCUCUGUUUUCAUUUUGGCCUGUUCGUUGACACGGUCAGCCUCGCAGCAUGCACCUUUUUCCCCAGUCAUAACCAGACGAGCUGCUUAGAUAUCUCUGAUAUAAUCUUCUUUGAAGAAUUGGGUUUUUUUUUUAUGUCACAUAUGCUUUUGCCAUUGCUACGCCACACUUUUAUGCUCGCACUUUUCAGAAACUCACAAAAAAAACUCCAAUGUUGAUGUUGGACUUCCAGAGCCGGGGUGUCCAAAGACAACGGUACGAAAAGGCCCAAAAAAUGUAUUUCGUACGUCCGGGACCGAAAUGCUCGCCGCCCGGCGGUCGGGCCACCAAUGCUAACCCUGCAAUCGAGUCCCAAUUACGUUCGAUAAUUGUCUGAAAAAUGCUCGGCGGUGAUGAAUCGAAAGCAACCAUCUGAAAAACGGGAAGUACGGCAGUCCCGCCGUUUCUCGCGCAGGCCGGUGAUCAUUUGGAAGCGGCGGGAAGAUGCCGGCUUUGGGGUGGGCCCGGGCCGUCCGCAGUCAUUUGAAAAUGCCUUUGACGGGAAAAGGUUUGGACACCCCUGCUCUAGGACGGUGGCGGCCUUUUGUUUUGCGCCCCGUUUUUGAUGCUUCCGCUCCAGGUGGGGGGGAAGGACCUUCCAAAACAGUAUUACGGCUUCUAUGUGACGCGCUCUCACUUUGACGGGCGAUUCCGUGCUUCACGAAUCCUCCUAUUCAAUGUUGCAUUUGUUCUCGUUUCGCACUGUCCUUCUUUGCGGGGAGAGCAUUACCAAGUGUCCUGUUCAUCUUUGCUUUCUUUGCACACAGCGUCUUUGUGGUUGUAUCGCAUCGCUCCGAGCCAAUUAAAUCUCACCGAUUUGGAGAAAAA